GGUUCGAAUAUCUACUGCUGAAGGUAGAAGAAUGUACAUUAAGACCUUUAUUGACAUAUGUCCGAGUAAAGAGUCAAUGAAGGUCAAGCUUGUUAUAGAGAAGAGUUGCAUCCUAAAAGAAAAAGGUCUAUGCCGACCUUUGGAGCUAGCCUCGAUUUAUCACCCAUGUUUAUUGAUAAAUCUACUCUGUAUCUACUUCAUGUUGCUCAGCUGAGGGAAAGUUGCUUACAAUGUACUCUUCUCUAAUCGCAAAUAAGUCGUUCUAAGUCGUCGAACAACAUUGCCUUGGGUCAAUGCAUAUAUUGUCGUUCCAUACAAUCUGACAGAAGAGAUCUCUUGACACUCGGCCAUUAUUUGGCCAG